UAUGUGCUGAUAAACGGGUAAGUUUGCAAAAUUGUUAUCGGUGGUGGAUCAGCACCGACCCACAGUAAAGAAAAGGACAUGGUUUUCGGUUCAUUUCCAAAAUUUCAACAUUUAUUAUCUAAUAAGACAAAGUUACUUGUACAGAACAAGGACAUGGUUUUCGCUUCAUUUGGGAGAUACUUUAGUAUGAGGAACCAAAACUCCAAGGUUCAAGAUUUAUAUGACCACUGUAAUAACGUUUUCUCUCCCUCUGGAAUACCCCCUCCUCCUUCCUCUCAGGAUUUGCACAAACUUUCUUCAAUACUAGACACAAUUAAACCUGCUGAUGUUGGGCUUAAAGAGGAAGCUGCAGAUGAUGAUCGAGGGCUUGGGUUUUUUGGUGUUAACCAACUGAAUAGAGUAGCUCGAUGGGCUAAGCCAAUAACAUGCGUGGGCAUUCAUGAAUCAGAGAGUUUUUCGAUUGGUAUAUUUUGUUUUCCAACUUCUUCAACUAUUCCACUCCACGACCAUCCUGGAAUGACUGUAUUUAGCAAACUUCUCUAUGGCUCUUUACAUGUAAAAGCUUAUGACUGGGUCGAACCUCCAUGCAUUGUAGAAAGCAAGGGACCAGGAGGACAUGCUCCAGUAAGACUAGCAAAGUUGGCAGUUGAUAGGGUUUUAAAUGCACCGUGCGAGACAUCAGUUUUAUAUCCAAAACAUGGUGGAAAUCUUCACUGUUUCACAGCAAUAACACCUUGUGCUGUGCUGGACGUUCUUGCACCUCCUUACAAUGUAUAUGAAGGAAGGAAGUGUACUUAUUAUCACGAUUAUCCUUUUUCAACAUUCUCCGCAGGAAAUGGACCUAUAUGUGUUGGUGAAGAGGAUGAAUAUGCUUGGCUUGCAGAGACAGAACCAAGUGAUCUUUAUAUGAAUAGUGGUGUAUAUGCUGGUCCAUCUAUUAAGCUUUAGAUCUGCCUCUUGGAUUUCAAAGCAAUUGCAUGUUUCCUGUUGUAAAGUGUGGAUGAUAUUAUUAAUGUUGGAGUAUGUUUAAUUACAAAGCUGCAUCUGUUCCUUUA